AACACUGAGAAGCUAAUCCCCAAGAACACUCACACCUCAAAGCUACCAUGGCCACCCCCAGUUUCCAAGCUAAGGACUUCCUUGGUUACCCUAACCCUAACCCUAACCUUAACCCUAAUUAUCAUCAUCUCCUAAUGGAUACUCCGGCACCGUCAACGGGUUUCGAUCUUUCGGAUUAUCUGGUGACUGAAGCUGGUUCAGAGGAAGAAUCGACGGCAACCAACAUCGGCGGUGGCGGCGGUGGCGUCGGGUUUUACUCACAGAACCUAAUUCUCCAUGAAAAUAUCAGCUCACAUUCGAUCGGAAACAGUGGAAAUGUAACCACUAGCAGUGACUUGCAAGUGACAGCUACCCAAAAAUGUAAGACUGGAGUGAAGAGAAUCAAAGGGGAAGUGGGUUUCAGGGUUGCUUUUAGAACAAAAUCUGAGCUUGAAAUCAUGGAUGAUGGGUUCAGAUGGAGGAAGUAUGGGAAGAAAAAGGUUAAGAGCAGCCCAAACCCAAGGAAUUACUACAGGUGCACAAAUGGAGGAUGCCAAGUGAAAAAGAGAGUGGAGAGGGAUAGUGAUGAUUCAAGCUAUGUGAUAACUACCUAUGAGGGUAUCCACAAUCAUGAAAGCCCUUGUGUGGUUUAUUAUGAACAAAUUCCUCUCUUGGUUCCUAGUGGAUGGAUCUUGCAGGCUUCACAUUAAUAUAUUCAUCUUCUUGAUGAAAAAUAUGCACUUUAGAGUGUAGUUAAAUUUAAUGAUUCUUAGAUACAUAAAGGAGACAAAAAACCCACAUUUUGUACUUGAGACCUUUUCUGUUGUCGUUUGAGCCAAUAAGUAAUACGCUAGAUGAUAAAGACUGACGAUACGAUGAUGGUGGUGAAAUUAGAAACAACCUAAUAUGAUGAUGGUUCAUGGGCAUCAAGUCAGUUAAAUUGCUCCACUUCUUUAGGUCUGUCUAAAGAGGGUUGUUGAGGUUG